AAAUUUCACACCCAAAACCAAAAGUGCAUGUAAAUCAUAAACCACCAAAAAUACUCAAAACUCAAUCAACUCUUCUAGUCGCCACGUCUCCCUUUCUACAGAACGUGUCUUCUGCAUGCAACUCCUUCUCUCCAUUAUUACUCUUUAUAAGAAAUUCUACCAUCUUUUUCUUCUUCUUCAAAUCACACUCACAUUUAUCGACCCAUCACAUCAGACAAAAUGAAAUCACCAUUUCUGAGGGUUGUUCUUGUUAUCAUUCUGAGUGUAGUGUUGGUAUUGAAUUCUGCUUAUGGAAGUUUUAGUUUCAAUGAGGAUUCUGCGGGUAGUGGAAGCACUGGAACAGUAGGAAGACUUGUGAAGAAGGAUGAAAGAAUGCCAAUUGUAUCAACGGAAUUCGGCGAAAUUUCGGCGGUCGAUAUCGAUGAUGGUGGGUCCGGGUCAGGGUCUGGGACCGGAAGGGAUAGUUACCACCUUCAGUUUAUUACGUUGGAGCCAAAUUCUCUGUUUCUUCCUGUUCUUCUCCAUGCUGACAUGGUCUUCUAUGUGCAGACAGGAAGUGGGAAGCUAAGCUGGACAGAGAGCGACGAUAUAAAUAAAGUUAGCCUACGUCGAGGAGAUGUAUACAGACUCAAGUCCGGCACCCUCUUCUACAUUCAUAGCAGUUUAGAAGCCGAAAGGCCGAGACUCAGAAUCAUUGCUAUUUUUGCCAAUCCUGACGAAGAAAAAUUACAGGGGCCAUCAAUUGGGCCAUAUUCGAGCAUUCACGAUCUCGUUCGAGGCUUUGAUAAGAGUGUCCUACAAGCCGCUUUCCAGGUACCUGAGGAAGUAAUAGAAGAAUUAACAAGUGCAACUGAUACACCAGCAAUAGUACAUGCAGAGCCCAAAAAGAAAAAUUUCUGGCAGAAAGAGCUUUUAUUUGUUGAUGCACUAUUCGGAAUACAGGGGUACGGCUUAAAAGAGGCCGAAAACAAGAAGAAGAAGACAUUCAAUUUUUUUAAAGAAGACCCAGAUUUUAAGAACUUCAAUGGGUGGAGCACGGUGGUCACUAAGCACGAUUUGCAUGCAUUGCAUGGUUCUCAUAUAAGCGUCUUCAUGGCAAACCUGACCAAGAGUUCAAUGAUGGGGCCGCAUUGGAAUCCAUUGGCCACUGAAGUAUCGGUAGUCUUGGAAGGGGAAGGAAUGGUCCGUGUGGUUUGUCCGAGUGCACCGACAAACAAAGAAUGCAAAAACUCGAGGUUUAGAAUCGAGGAGGGUGAUGUUUUCACUAUUCCAAGGUUUCAUCCAAUGGCACAAACAUCUUUCAACGAUAAAUCGCUAGUUUUUAUGGGGUUCAGCACUACGUCAAAAAAGAACCAUCCCCAAUUCCUGGUAGGAAAAGCUUCAGUGCUUCAGACAAUAAGCAAAUCUAUCCUAAGUGCAUCCUUCAAUGUGUCAAAAACAACUACAGAGAAGCUGCUUGAUGCUCAAGGGAAAGCAAUCAUAUUGGAUUGUACUUCCUGCGCUGAAACACAGGAAAUGUUGAUGGAAGAUGAGAUUGAAAAGGAAAAGCAAGAAGAAGAAAAAAGGAGGGAGGAGGAAGAGCAAGAACGGAAAAGGCGUGAAGAAGAGGAACAGAGAAGAAGCGAAGAGGAGGAGCAGAAAAGACGCGAAGAAGAAGAGGAACGGAGAAGGCGAGAAGAGGAGGAGCAGAAAAGACGUGAAGAAGAGGAGCAGAAAAGACGAGAAGAGGAGGAACAGAGAAGGCGUGAAGAAGAGGAACAAAGAAGGCGAGAAGAGGAAGAACAAAAGAGACGUGAAGAGGAGGAACAGAGAAGGCGUGAAGAAGAGGAACAGAGAAGGCGUGAAGAAGAGGAACAGAGAAGGCGAGAAGAGGAGGAACAGAGAAGGCGUGAAGAGGAGGAUCAGAAAAGACGUGAAGAAGAGGAGGAACAAAGGCAGAUAGAAGAGGAAGAACAGAGAAGACGGGAAGAGGAAGAAGAGAGGCAGAGAGAAGAGGAGGAACAACGAAGACGGGAAGAGGAAGAAGAGAGGCAAAGAGAAGAGGAAGCACAGCAAAGGCAAGAGGAAGAAGAAAGACGGAGAGAAGAAGAAGAGAGAAGGGAGCAAGAAGAAGAAUGGAAACGGCAAGAAGAAGCAGAAAAAAGGGAGCAAGAAGAAGAACAGCGUGAAGAAGAGAGAAGGGAGCAAGAAGAGGAGGAAGAAUGGAGGAGACGAGAAGAGGAAGAAUGGAGAAGAGAGCAACAUGAAAAACAACAAUGGCAAGAAGAGAGAAGGCGUGAACAAGAGGAAGAAUGGAAAAGAAGGGAGGAGGGAGAAAGAGGAGAACAAGAAGAAACAUGGGAUUGGGAUUGGGAAAGAUCAGAAAACAAAAACUGGAGGAGAUUGUCAACCAAGGUGUAAUGUUCUCCAAUUAGCCUUAAAUAAGCUGGUUUUGUGUAGUUUUUAUUUUUCACAUGAUUUGUUUAGAAGUCAUAAUGUAUUAAGUAUGUGGUUUUUUCCCUUAAUUUUGAAUGCAGCUCGGAACUUUUAAUGUUAUAUCUCUAAGAUAAAUUAUUUAUGAAUCAUAUGCUAAAACAUUGUAUAUGGGUUUUAAGGAUCAAAUAUCGCCAAAGUCCCAACCCUAUCAAGUAUUAAGCCAAUAUUAAUAAAGAAUUUUGUUGUAUAGAGAACUAAUUG